CCUCUUCUGGGGCACUCGGCCGCUCACCCACCAGCACAGAUUGCACCGCUUAAGCAAGGCUUUGAGCUGCCUCCUCACAUCUCUCUCUUGCUCGCGCUCUCUCUCUUUCACUUUUGUUCCUGCUUGUCCCUUGGAGACAAUCCCAAGCUAGCAGCAGCCCAGAAAGCUGCAGAGGCAUCAGACCCGCUGGGGACGGUGGCUCCUGCAGCCCGUGCUGCCCAGCCUGCCUUGCCACUGGAGAGACCAGGACAAACUGAUGCCCAUGGACGCCAGCACACAGAAACCGCUCCUGGGAGCGCCUGACUCAGCCUAUCAGACCUUCCCACAGAGGAAUGCCCACCAGCUGGACCGGGAAUACAUCAGAACCCUUCAAAACAAGCGGCUCUUUCUAGCAGCUUUCGCUGCCGUCCUGGGGAACUUCAAUUUCGGGUACGCACUGGUUUACACAUCCCCUGUGAUCCCUGCCUUGGAAACAUCCAACAUUCCCACCUUGAAAAUCACCCGGGUGGAGGAAUCCUGGUUUGGGUCCAUGUUCACGCUGGGCGCUGCCGCAGGGGGUCUCAGCGCCAUGCUCCUGAAUGACCGCCUGGGUCGGAAGCUGAGCAUCAUGUUCUCAGCCGUCCCUUCUGCUGUCGGAUACGCCUUCAUGGGCAGUGCCCAGGGAGUCUGGAUGCUGCUGCUGGGGCGACUGCUGACGGGCUUCGCAGGCGGCGUGACGGCGGCAUCCAUACCGGUCUAUAUCUCUGAGAUCUCCCACCCUGGGGUCAGAGGAACUUUGGGCGCCUGCCCUCAGAUCAUGGCUGUCCUUGGCUCCCUCGUCCUCUAUGCCCUGGGCCUGAAGCUCUCCUGGCGCUGGCUGGCCGUGGCUGGGGAAGUGCCAGUUCUCACUAUGAUCAUCCUGCUCUGCUUCAUGCCCAACUCACCCCGUUUCCUCAUCUCGAAGGGGAAGGACGACGAGGCAGUUGGGGUGCUGCGCUGGCUCCGGGGACAGAACACGGAUUUCCACCGGGAAUUUGAGCAAAUCAAAGAAAGCGUGAGGCAACAGAGCAGACGGAUUUCCUGCGCGGAGAUCAAGGACCCGUUCAUUUACAAACCAAUCCUGAUCGCGGUGCUAAUGAGGUUCCUGCAGCAGCUCUCGGGCGUCACCCCCAUCCUGGUGUAUUUGCAGUCGAUAUUUCAGAGCACAGCUGUGAUAUUGAAGCCGGAGUACGAUGCAGCUAUCGUAGGGGGAGUUCGCUUGGUGUCUGUGCUCAUCGCCGCUUUCUCUAUGGACAAAGCUGGGAGGAAAAUUCUUCUCUUCAUUUCGGCUGGGAUCAUGCUUGCCUCAAACCUGAUCCUGGGGCUCUACAUCCACUACACGUCGCCGCCUUCUCACAACUCUACCACGACCAUCGUUAACGGGACCCUAGUGAGCCCAGAAAGCCUUACUGCAAAACCCUCCGGCUACAUCACCCUCAUCCCCCUGGUGGCUACCAUGCUCUUUAUAAUGGGUUAUGCCAUGGGCUGGGGCCCCAUCACCUGGUUGCUGAUGUCAGAGAUCCUCCCUCUGAAGGCCCGUGGGGUGGCAUCAGGCCUCUGUGUCCUCGUGAGCUGGCUCACGGCCUUUGCGCUGACCAGAUUCUUCCUGCUGGUAGUGCAAGACUUCGGGCUUGAAGUCCCGUUCCUGUUCUUUGCGGUCAUCUGCGCAGGGAACCUCCUCUUCACGGGUUGCUGCGUCCCAGAGACCAAAGGCCGAUCCCUGGAGCAAAUCGAAUCCUACUUCAGGACUGGGCGGAGAUCCCUUAUGAGGCACCAUAUAUGA